CCUCUGCUGGUGUGACGCUUUUUGUUCCUUAAGUCAGUUGAGGUUUGCGCACACGCCUUUUUUGAGCCAAGUGUUUCAAGCUCAUUAAAUAAAUAACGCCCAUAUUACCCAAAUCGCUUCAUUUUCUGUUAUUCAAUCCAAGGCACGUUACAAGCAUUGAGCUCACUCUUUUUUCCGGUAGUAAUGGCUUCCAAAAUGGUGGUCUGCAGAGAUUUUCCGGCCCCGGUUUUUAGAAACUGUAUUUAACACAAUCAAGGGCAGUUUUAACUUGAAUCUGGGAGCUUUCUUGAGGAUUUUUGAAGCUAUGGCGAGCAUGGCGGAGCCCAAUCGGAAGAGUGAUGUUCCACCGCCGAUUAUUGGAAAAGCAGGGCGAUAUACAGUUUUUAUCAGCUCCCCUCCAAUGGUUUCUCCCAGGUCUUCUCCAAAGCCCUCUCCAAAGUUCUCUCCAAAACCAUCUUCAAAACUCUCUCCAAAACCCUCGCCUAAACCUUCGAAGAAUGUGGACGUCGAAGCCCAGGCUUCUCCCACAACUACUCAGUCGCAGCAAUCCAAAAUCCCGCAGAUGUUACCGGAUUCCUUUUACACCAAGGUUUCUGAUACAAUUAACAAAAUCCAAAAUGCAUACACAAGAGUGGACGAGGUUCUGGCAGAUUGGUUUGGACUAAAUCAAUCCAAGUAUCAGUGGGCUCUGAAUGAAUAUCUAGAAAGGAAAGAAAUGGAAACAGAGGAUGGGAAACCAAGGGAAGCAGUAGUUAAAGGUCAAGAAAUGCAGCAGGUUCCUGAGCAGGUUAUGAAGAGGGAGGACCAGUCAUCUCCUUGAAGCUUAUGGAUUUUUGCACUGCUGAAAAGAUUUCAGUAUCUGUAUAUUUACCUGAAGCUCUUUGUAUGCUAUUAUUUUGUGACUGAAAAACAUACAACGAUAAAUGUACAUCCAAGGCUGUUUAUCCAAGCAAGUAAAUUCUAGCUACUUGAAUGAAGUGCAUUCUCUGUGCUGCAUGCUAUAUUGCUCUGUUGUUUUUCUAUGCAACAUCUGAGAAAGCCUGGGGAUGAAGGUUUUCAAACUUUGUACAAGCAAGAGUCUCACUUGUAUGAGAGAUGGUCCACAAGGAUUAUACAUAGCAUUAUCUAGGUACCUUUUUCAGUAAUUUCAUAUCAGACUAAUAGCUGCAGAAACAGUCCAAUUGUUUGAUAGGCUGUGUCAUGGCCAAGAUUAUUGUCAUUUGUAAGCAUCUCAGAACGAUUGAAGCCCAUGUAUUCAGCCACUAGAAGUCUUGGGAAAAAUGUAAUUCUGAAGCUACUCUCUCAGACUAUGAACAUCAUUAUGGGUAAUCAAAGUUUUUGGAUUGUUUGACAGA